AUGUCGGAUGCUGCCAGCCUGGCACUGCAGCUGCUGGCCGCACUGCGCGAGGAGGAGCCGCGGCUUGUGGAGGGGCUGCUGCGCCUCGGGGCGGACCCCAACCUGGUGCUGGAAGAUGGCGCGGCGGCGGUGCACCUGGCUGCCAGAGCGCGCCAUCCGCGCGCCCUGUGUUGCCUUCGGACGCUGCUGCGCCGGGGCGCGGACCCCAAUGUUCGGUCUGCAGAGGCACUGACGCCCAUGCACGUGGCCUCCGCGUGGGGCUGUUGCAGGGCCCUGGAGCUGCUGCUGAGCAAGGGGGGCGACCCCUCGCUGCGAGACCAGGACGGACUCCGGCCCCUGGACUGGGCACUGCAGCAGGGACACCACAAGUGUGCACGCGUCCUGCGGGAGCUGGACACGCGGGAGGAGACCCAGGAGUACACAGGUGAUUUUCAUGUAGACCAGGCUGGCCUUGAACCCGCCACAUGCCCAGGACGUGUCUCCCCAGCGUCCCCUGGAUUCUCUCAGCAGCCCUGUGUGGUGCAGGACUCAGAGCAGUGCGUGGGCAGACCUGAACCAUCAGUGGCUGCAGUGGACAAGGCUGCAGAGCUCCGGAGCCCUGAGACCUCGGGGAGCCCAGACUGCAGCAGUGAUGCUUCGUUUGUCACCGCGGUGGAGGACUUUCCGCAGCCCCAGGGCCCUGUGGGGACACUGGGGCCUGUGGCAGCCAGGGAGGAGGCACCAAGUUGCCAGCUGCAGGCCCUGAAGUUAACCACGGAGGGUGAUGGGGACCUGGGGCCGUGGCACACCCAUGGCCCGGUGGCCCCCAUGUCCGACCUGCAGCUGCUCCAGGCCCUGCGAGCGCUGGGCCACAGCCCUGGCCCCGUCACACCUUUCACCCGAGGACACUACCUGCGGAGGCUGCAGGAAGCCCAGGCUAGCCCUGCUAUCUCAGGACACAGCCCAGAACUGUUGGAGGCCCUGAGGACGGGCCAUGUCCCCAACUGCCAGGAGGAUGAGGCCGCCCUGGCUCAGUACUUUGAUCAUCCGGACCCCAGGAGGAGGUGGCGGGAAGGCGUGACAAAGUCCAGUUUUACGUAUCUUCUUCUGGACCCCAGGCUGACGCAAGGCCUGCCCGCCAGAGCCUCCUCUCUCACGCUGGCCGAGAGUCUGCAGUGUUUCGUGCGAGCCAUCUUCUACGUGGGCAAGGGGACCCGUGCUCGGCCGGAUGCCCACCUCUGGGAAGCGCUCAGCUACCGUGAUCAGCCAGGGAAACAGGCCUGCCCCAAGGUCCGUCAGAUCUUAGACAUCUGGGACGGCGGCCGCGGCGUCAUCUCCCUGCACUGCUUCCAGCACGUAGUGGCCGUGGAGGCGUACACGCGGGAGGCUUGUCUGUUGGAUGCCUUAGGGAUCCAGACACUGACCAACCAGAAACAGGGCCACUAUUAUGGAGUGGUCGCCCACUGGCCAACCCCACGGCGUCGUCGAUUGGGGGUACACCUUCUACAGCGCGCUCUGCUAGUCUUCCUGGCUGAGGGCGAGCGGGAGCUGAGGCCGCAGGACAUCCAGGCCCGAGGCUGAGGA